GUCCCUCUCCCAGCCCCGCCGCGGCAACAUUUAUUGCAAAAGCAGGAAAUUGCUUAUUACUAACUAGCUGGCAAGGGAGAGGGAGCCGAUGCUGUUCCACACUGGCACAGCACUUGCUUUGCUGCUGCUUUCCCUGCCUCUCCUUGUUCCGCUCUUUCUUCUUCUUCUUCCCCCUCUUUCUCUCCUCUCUCCCUCGCUCUCUCCUCUCCUUUUUUUCAUUUUGGCUUCUAUUCAAAUGUGGGUCAGGGGUGAGCGGCUCCCAACGUCACAAGCUUGCAAGAUGGCGCUGGGAGGAAGGCUGUGAGAUGAGGAACAGGCUGGUAUAAACCGAGAGGACAGGAGAGGGAGAGGAGGAGGAGGAGGAGAGGGGAAGGGGAAGAAAAGCUGCUGCUCCAGAUGCAAUAAGAAGGAAGCUAUUCUGUACUGAAUCAGCAUGGGAUAGAGUGCCUAGAAGACGUUCAGACCAAGCACAGCUAGCGCGUCCCUGCUGGUUCUCCAUUCUGCAUCUGUGCAGCCACGUUCUAUUGAUGGCCUGUUGUGAUUUCAAUGGAACAUCAUGGGAUGUACCUGGCACGUCGGGCAGCACUGGAUGGAGGUGCCUUUAGCCCAAUGUACCUGGCAUGUACUGUUAGUUCACUGUUCAGGUGCUCGGUGUCUAGCCUUCUCAUCCAUCCACAAAUCCUCUACGUGAAAUGAGUGAUUCCUUAGAUCUGUUUUUGAUUGAUUCUUUGCUUCACUGGUGUUGCUUCUUAAAAGGUGGUAAGGUGAAGGUGAAAGGAAGAGAAGGUGGAGAUGGAACUGCCAAAUCAUGCCAAACAACUGCUACUGCAGCUGAACCAGCAACGAGCCAAAGGUUUCCUCUGUGAUGUUAUCAUCGUGGUAGAAAAUGCCCUGUUUCGUGCCCAUAAGAACAUCCUGGCAGCCAGCAGCAUGUAUUUCAAAUCCCUUGUCCUGCAUGACAACCUGAUUAACUUAGACACGGACAUGGUGAACCCCACCGUGUUCCGGCAGAUCUUGGACUUUAUUUAUACUGGUAAGCUCUUAACGACUGACCAGCCCGGUGAACAGAACUUUAAUGCUCUCCUCACCGCAGCAAGCUACCUCCAACUGCACGACCUGGCAGCUCUCUGUAGAAAGAAGCUGAAGCGGAAUGGCAAGUCCUUUGCUGGCAAGGCCGGUGGCCUUGGUGUUGGGAGAUCUGCCAGGAGUCAGAGACUUUCCACUGCUUCGGUCAUCCAAGCUCGCUAUUCAGGGUCAAACGAGGGGUUGAAGGGCUCACAUUCAAAGGAGCUAUCAAAGGGAAAGCUCUCUGAUGACGAGGUCUUCAUCAGCAGCUCCAACCAAGAGAACUGUCACUCCUUAAGCAGGGGAGCCAGUAAGAACGGCGGUGGGGGCAGCAGUGCAAAUGGGAGCACCGGCGACCAGGAGCUAGGCCUCGACCUGUCCAAAAAAAGCCCGUCGCUCCCUGUUGCAGCCUCCCACGAUGACACGCAGCACAGCGAAAGCCAGCAUGGCUCUCCCCAAUCUGCCUCAGCCCCCGCAGCCAACAGUGCCUCAUCGUUCGACGAGUCUGGAGUCGGAGCCCCCCACAGCAUGGCAGACAGCAGCGACCCCAUGGAGAUGGAUCUGAGCGAAGAGUGCCACCACUCACUGACAGAGAGCAGCCAGCGCAAGGGCCUCCGCCACUCGUCCCGCAAGAAGGAGUGGAUCAAGAAAGACAAUGCCUUUGACCGAAAGGAGGGGGGCAAAGACAGGGACGAGGGUGAAGGGCUGCCCAAUGGUAUCCUGCUGGGGCCCUUGUCCAAGUCUGUGGAGCGGAGUCUGGCCGGGGCCUAUGGCGCAGACCUACCCUACCCGUGUAAGGAGGAGGUGGAAAAUGGUAAGGAGAACAGCGAUGACAGCGGCCAGAGUGAGAGCGAGAGCGGCGGGCACACUAGUGCCAACUAUGUCUACCGGCAGGAGGGGUUUGAGCCAGUGGCCUAUGGUGACAACCUGUAUGUCUGUAUCCCCUGUGGCAAAGGUUUCCCCAGCUCUGAGCAGCUCAAUGCCCAUGUGGAGACGCACACUGAGGAAGACCUUUACAUCAAGGAGGAAGGCACAUACGGCGGCAAGGAUGAAGCCGAGGAUUUAUCCAACCCCAACCAGUCCUACGGCACGGAGUCCCGGCCCUUCAAGUGUUCGGUGUGUGAGAAGAGCUACAAGGAUCCAGCCACGCUGCGGCAGCAUGAGAAGACUCAUUGGCUGACGCGGCCCUUCCCUUGCAACAUCUGUGGCAAGAUGUUCACGCAGCGGGGCACCAUGACACGGCACAUGCGCAGCCACUUGGGGCUCAAGCCCUUUGCUUGCGAGGAAUGCGGGAUGCGCUUUACCCGGCAGUACCGACUGACAGAGCAUAUGCGUGUCCACUCAGGAGAAAAACCUUACGAAUGUCAACUGUGUGGUGGGAAAUUCACCCAGCAGCGCAAUCUGAUCAGCCACCUGCGAAUGCAUACCUCUCCCACAUAAGCCAAAGACUCCAGAAUGAGCUUCGAGCCCAUCCGCAGUGAUUUACCUUUCUGUAGACUUGCUGCUUAAAAAAAAAAAAAAGAAAAAAGAAAAAAACAAACAAAAAAGGGGGCAACUCCCCAUACUCUGUUCAGUCAUGGGAGGCCUAAACAAAUGUAGCUUUAACAUUUUAAAAAAAAAAAGUUCCUUUUUUCCCUUUUUUUUUAAAAAGAAAGGUCCACAGCCAAGCUGAUGCAUUUAGUCCAACUUUCCCUCCAAAUCUUGGUGAUCUGGCAAGAAAUGCCACCUCUUUUUGUGCACAUUGAUGUCAUUGCCAUAUUGAUUAUCUGGAGCAGGUAGGGGGACUGUGGGGAACUUUCAGCCCCUGCUGGCUCCUCCCUCCCUGCCUCUUUCUUUUGUGUUACUAUCAUGCUACUUGUCUCCUCUCUUGAAGCCAGAUUAGUAGGGGCAUUUCUUGCCAUUAAAAAGAAAAUAAAGUACACCUUUUCAGUGGCCUGAGUAGCUGUGAAAUAACAUAGCAUUACAUUCACAAGCCAGAAGCUCUGUCUGUGGACCAUGUCACAGGGUUGGCAGCCCCCUCAGAUACUGUGGGAAAGCCAUAGCAGUGGUGGAACCCAUCACCCUCCCCUGGGCUGGCGAUGGUGGGGAUAGCAGUCUACCUGGUGUGCACCAGCCCGAGUACUUCACUUAAAGGAAUGGCGAUGCCUUCCUCACCAUCCCUCCCUGUUUUGGUUUUGAUCUUUAUCCUUGGCACACGUAACCACAAGCCACCUUUUCCACAAAACACACAAACCUCUUCUGCCUUACCCAUGACUGAACAGGGACUGGAUGCCCUGGGAAUUUCUUUCAGUGAGCAGGGGGUCGUCUUUACUUUUCUAGUAGUUUCGUAUGAAUAUUCUUUGCUUAGAGGUACUUGUUUUAUUAAAGGAAAAACCAUUGUAACGUUUAUGUGAAUGUUUGAACUGGAAGGUCUGAGGUUAAU